UCGAAUGUACAAUCAGGUGUAGAUUCGCGUAAGAAUAAGAUUUGCAUAAAGAGUAAAAUAAAGAAUAACAAGCAGCAAAAUGAAAGCCAUAUUCUCCAUUGCACUUUUGAUGUGCCUGUUGGGUGAAUUUUAUGUCCAAGCACAAGAAAUUCAUUGCCCAAUGACAAAAGAAGGAGAUGAUAUCGUUUUUAUCCCUCAUCCCACCAACUGCAAUCACUACUUCGUUUGUGACUAUGGCCGACCGAUUGUAAUGAAAUGUCCUGAAGGCUUACACUUCAAUCCCAUGGAACAGGUCUGCGAUUAUCCAUUCAAUGUUAAAUGCACGGCUCUUUAAUCAGUUUAUAUCUAUAAUGACUUAAUUGCAUAUAACUAUAUAACAAUAUAUGGACAGCUACCGUGAAUUAUUGUAUUACAUUAUCACUACACGGCUUAUAUGACAUUGUGUUGUACAUAUCU